CGCCGAGGCGCGGCUAACAGCUUCCCCGGCACCCCGCCCUGCUUUGGGCCUUUCGCGUCGCUCAGGGAGAGGCCGGUUCCACUUCCUAGGGCGUCCAGUCCGCUUCCGCUUCCUGGUCGCCCUCCCUCUUUCCCUCCCUCCCUCCCUCUUGCCUCUCCUUUUUCCGCCCCCCUCUCAGGGGUCGUGGAGCCGCGCCUGGGAUGGCUCCUCGGCUGCAACUGGAGAAGGCGGCCUGGCGCUGGACGGAGACGGUGCCCCCCGAGGCCGUGACCCAGGAGCACAUCGAGGCGGCCUACCGCGUCGGCCUGGAGCCCUGUCAGCGCGGAGCCUGCAGGUAAGCCUCAGGGGCCAGCAGGCUGGGCUUAGGCUAGGGCCCCGGGGGAACCACAGGGCGGCGUCGGCGUCGCGCUGGAAAUCAGCCUUUUGUACUUCAAGUCAAUGGCAGGGCACCUGCACAGCAUGCAGGAGCCCCCAGGUUCAAUACCCGCUAAAUAGGGCUAAAAAGAGGCUCCCUAACUGAAACCCUGGAGAGCCACUGCUGCCAGUCAGUGUAGGCAGUAUUGAGGUAGGUGGACCAACGUGGCUACUCGAGAGAAGGCAGCUCCCUAUGGCACACAAGCCCCACCUGUUCUCCCCCACCCACCGUUUUAUUUGUUUUUAUUAAAUAUAUUAGUUGCUUUUUUUGCCGUGGCUACUCAAAGCGACUCUCUGGGUAUUCUAGAAGUUCUUACGAAGGGCUGUGCAGCUCAGUGGUAGAACACCUGCUUUGCACAUAGAAAGUUCUGGGCUCAGUUGCCACCCCAGUAGAAUGUGGGAAAAGACUGAAACCCUGGGGAGCCGUUGCAGCUAGUCAGAGUAGGCAAAACUGAGCUGUAUAGUUCUCAUUUGCUGCUGCUUCAAUGUUAGGGACCCUCACUGAGAUUGUUGGUGUGUGAGGAACCCCAACACUUUCUGAGCUCUUUUCUCUUCUCUAAUCCCUCCUUUCCCCUGCUUUCAAUUGUGAACUCAAGGGUGGGUCUUUUGUCUUUUGUGUGAGUUUAUGUGCACCAUAUAAUUAAAAGCAGAUGAUCUAUUAAACAUCUGCAGUUACACAUGGUUUGUCUUUAAUUUCCAUGCUAAUUUAAAUAAAAAGCACAGGUCAGAUGUUUAUGGAAGGUUGUUAUGGAAGGGGCUUGUUGUGCCCGUAAACCUCUCUUUUGCCUGAUACAGGAGGCAAGUGGUUUCAUCUGAAACUGAUAUACUUGCAACCUCCGUGUCAUUUAACCCAGUGUGGUAUAGUACUAUGUCAAACUUAAGACCUUAGGGACCGGGGUUCAAAUCCCCGCUCAUUCAUUAAGCUCACCAGGUGGCCUUGGGGGCCAGUCCGUUCCUUUCAGCUUAACUUACCUCACAGGAUUGUUGUGGGGACUAAAGAGGAUAGAGAGAACCAUUUACACCACUUUGAGUUCUCUGGAGAAAAGACAUGAUAGAAAUGCUGGAAAUAAUAACCCCCUUUAGCAAUUCUGAUUUACAAGCACUUUUCAGCAAAAGCAGCACAGAAACUGACAGCUAGGCAAUGUGGGGAAUGUGCAGAAGUUGUCCUUUUUGUUGAAAUUUGUAGGGGAAAGGAGGAAACAUGUCAGGGAGCAUCAUCAACACUGGCACUCUAUCUGCAGUUACCUCAGGACUCCUCUGUGGUUGGUGGGGCUUGUAAGCUGUGCUUGCGACUAAUUGCUGGAGAGGUGUGCUGGAAGUCACACAGGUGUCAUCAGGACAUAAGUGGUCUUGGUUGAUAGCAAUGUGAUGAGGUCAGAAUAUCGGGUUCAGAUCCUGCUGCUUUUUGCUUUUGCAGGCGAAACUGCCGAGGAAACCCAAACUGCCUGGUAGGAAUUGGUGAGCACAUCUGGCUGGGGGAGAUAGAUGAAAACACCUUUCACAAUAUUGACGAUCCAAAUUUCGAGAGGAGAAAAAAGGUAACGCUACUAUGGUCUUCUGGCACUCCAGGGUUCAUGUGCUGGCCCUGAAGCCUGUGUGAAGGAGGAUUAUUUCCCCCAAGAUGCAUCCUCAACUUGAUUCUGGUUUAUAGAAUUGGAAGGCUUGAAAUUUUCUUUGUGGUCCUGGCUGUUUUGUCAGAACUGAUAGAGGUUUCUUAGUGGUAGCUGUAAAGUUCCUUUUCCAGUUCUGUGAAGUAGCUGUCAAUAAGAGGGACCAAGUACUGCAAGCAGAGCUUUAUCUGACUGUUUCAUCUCAAUCUACAGUGGUACCUCAGGUUAAGUACUUAAUUCGUUCCGGAGGUCCGUACUUAACCUGAAACUGUUCUUAGCCUGGGGCACCACUUUAGCUAAUGGGGCCUCCUGCUGCUGCCGCACCGCCGGAGCCCAAUUUCUGUUCUCAUCCUGAAGCAAAGUUCUUAACCUGAAGCACUGUUUCUUGGUUAGCGGAGUCUGUAACCUGAAGCGUAUGUAACCUGAAGCAUAUGUAACCUGAGAUACCACUGUAUUCUGUUGCAGAGAAAAAUACCAUUGGAUGACCCCUCCCAUGUACCAGGAAGCUUGUAAAAAUAUUUUGGUAUUUCUUCCUCAUUAGUUUUUUUUUUAAUAGCUACAUUGUUUGGAUUUUAUUGACUUUUCUUUUAUUCUGCUAUGUUUGUUUAAAUGUUAGACAUAUCGGGCAUUUUAUGGAAAGUCAGGGGAGAAACAUGUUAAAAAUGUAAUUGUUAAAUAAAGAGGAACAAUGAACCUCCCUGUAAACCAAGGUUGGGGAGCCUGUAGUUCGGGGUCAGCAAACUUUUUCAUCAGGGGGCCGGUCCCCUGUCCCUCAGACCUUGUUGGGGACCGGACUAUAUUUUGAUUUUUUUUUUUAAAAUGAACGAAUUCCUAUGCCCCACAAAUAACCCAGAGAUGCAUUUUAAAUAAAAGGACACAUUCUACUCAUGUAAAAUAAAAUGAUUCCCGGACCCUCCACAGGCUGGAUUUAGAAGGCGAUUGGGCUGCAUCCGGCCCCCGGGCCUUAGUUUGCCUACCAUACUGUAGUUGGACUCCCAACUCCAGUCAUCUCUGACGACUGGCUAUGUUUACUGCGGCUGUUGGGGGACCACAGAUGUUCCCCAUCCCUGCUGUGAAGUCCUACCAAAACAAAAAACUAUUACACAGGUCAAGUGCACUAAAGGCAGGAUAUAUUGUCCUGAAAGGACCUUCCUGCUAUCAUCUUCUGGAGGCUCUUGGUUAACGUUGUGGAGGGUUUGCCUGCUGGGCGCCGUCCAGAUGUUUUGGACCACAACUCCCAUUGACUCCAGCCAGUGUUGGCUGUGUGAUGCUGGGACUGAUGGGAGUUGGCGUCCAAAACAUCUGGAGAGCACCAGGUUGGCAAAGGGCUGCCCUUGUGACCUGCUUGGUGAUACCUCUGUUGUGUGUUUCCCCUUCCCCUCACAGAAUGCCUUUGUGGGCCUCACAAACCUGGGUGCCACGUGCUACGUCAACACUUUUCUGCAGAUGUGGUUCUUGAAUUUGGAGCUCCGCCAGGCGCUCUACUUGUGUCCAAUUGCCCGCCCUGAGUACGUGACAGCAGAGGGCACCGCAUCAAACAAGGGUAAGUUGGUCAGACUUUUCCCACUGCUCACUAGCACAUGGGCCGGUGGCUUUUGAUUUGCUCUGACAAGGCUCCGUCUGCUCGGAGGCUGCUACUGUGUCCUGAUGUUUUAUCCCCCUACAUAGCUAUUGGCUUUUGUGGUCCUCUCAAUCUAGCAGUGCUGCUUGGGUACUUGUUCCCAUUUUACAGAUAGAGUUUGAGAGAGGAGAGUUUUGCUGAAGGUAAUGCUGUAUAUCCUGAGCAGAGGCAGUGAAUCAGCCUCUAGAGACCACAGUGGAUUCUCAUGGGCAGCACAGUAUCUAAGCAGCAGCAAAGUCGCAAACAAACCUCGACAGAAAGGAAAUCUAAAUGAAGAGGAAACCUUCCCUUUCUGAAAGGGUUUGGUUUUUUAAAUUGUUAUUCAGAAUGGCACAUCUUGUUAGUUUUUCAGUUGCCAGCAGAUGAUAUGCUGUGUAUAUCCCUCCCAAUGUGUAGCAAAGUGGGGCAGGGGAGAGGUCUUUUAUAACAGAGUGUGUGCAGAGGGGGGUGACCAUUGUCAAUAUGAGUAUAUGCGUCAUGGUGGGUAAAUCUCUGAAGGAAUCCUCUUGCCUUUUGAUAGAUUAUGAGCCUCAGACGAUUUGUGAGCACCUCCAGUACUUGUUUGCUUUGCUGCAGAACAGCAAGAGGCGCUAUAUCGAUCCAUCAGGGUUUGUUAAAGCGCUGGGUUUGGACACAGGUCAGCAACAGGUAACGUUCGGGUGCGUGCGUGUGAGCGCGUGUUUUGCCUUGCUCUUUCUGCAGAAGCAGCUGCACAUCAAUCCACUUGCCCUCUGUAAUGCUAAGCCGCAGUUCCCUGAGCUGAGGUGAACCAGGGAUGUUUUGCCACUGAAGAGGAUGGCGCUAUUCCAUUCUUAAUUUCCUUGUACAUUGCUGAGGUGCAGUGCCAUCCCCGAAUCGAUGCAGUGAGGGGUGGUGGUGGUUGCUUUGCCUCCUCUUUAAAAGAGCUAUAACGUAUAACAAAAGAGCUAAGCACCCUCUUCAUUUAUUUUGUUAGUUUGUUAAUUUACCUGUGUUAUCAAUGCUGCCUUUGCAACUGUACUGUUCUCCUAGGAUGCUCAGGAGUUUUCCAAGCUGUUCAUGUCCCUGUUGGAGGAUACCCUAACCUCACAGAAAAACCCAGAUGUGCGAGACAUUGUCCAGAAGCAAUUUUGCGGAGAGUAUGCCUACGUCACAGUGUAAGUUUCUCCUCUUCUUAGUCUUUUGGUGCUUUAGCUUUGUGUAUUCCCAAUUCAAAGUGCUGAUUUUGAUCUAUAAAUCUUAAACGGCCUCGGUCCAGUAUACGUGGAAGAGCGUCUCCACCUCCAUCGUUCUGCCCGGACACUGAGGUCCAGCGCCGAGGGCCUUCUGGCGGUUCCCUUGCUGCGAGAAGCCAAGUUACAGGGAACCAGGCAGAGGGCCUUCUCGGUAGUGGCACCCGCCCUGUGGAACGCCCUCCCACCAGAUGUCAAAGAGAAAAAUAACUGCCAAAUUUUAGAAGACAUCUAAAGGCAGCCCUGUUUAGGGAAGCUUUGAAUGUUUAAUAGGUUAUUGUAUUUUGGUGUUUUGUUGGAAGCCGCCCAGAGUGGCUGGGGAAACCCAGCCAGAUGGGCGGGGUAUAAAUAAAUUAUUAUUAUUAUUGUUGUUGUUGUUGUUGUAUUAUUAUUAUUGUUGUUGUUGUUGUAUUAUUGUUGUUGUUGUUGUUGUUGUUAUUAUUAGGCUUAGGACCCCAGUACCUCAAGGACCAUCUCCCCAACCAACCAAGACCCUACUAUCAUCUUCCUAGGCCCUUCUCCAUGUGCCCCCUCCAUGGGAGGUCCAGAGGGUGGCAACAUGAGAUCAGGCCCUUUUCCGUGGUGGCUCCCCAUUUGUGGAAUGCUUUCCCCAGGGUAGCUUGCCUGGCACCACCGUUUUAGGCUCUGUGCAAAAAAUUCCUUUUUAAUCAGGCCUUUGGGUUUUAACGAUAUAUAUGGCCUUUUUGCGUGGAUAGGAUAUUUUUAUAGUAGUUUUUGGAAAACAGAAUACUUUUUUUAAAAAAAUAAAAAGUUGGUUUUAAUGUGUGUGUGUGUAUCUAUAUCUAUAUCUAUCUAUCUAUAUAUAUAUAUGUUUGGUGUUUGCUUAAAAUACUGUAAGUUUCUUUGAGCUACCGUGAGAAAAAAGUGACUAAUAAAUAAUGAUAUCCGUGAUUUCUGAAGAAGUAAUUCUUCUUGAGGUAGUCUUCAGUGGUGUUUUUUUUCUCUCUUCCCCAGCUGCAACCAGUGUGGCAGAGAGUCCAAACUUAUAUCAAAAUUUUAUGAGCUUGAGUUGAACAUCCAGGGCCACAAGCAACUGUCGGACUGCAUCACAGAGUUUCUGAAGGUAUCAACUCUUCCUUGGGAGUUUUCUCCUUGUCACUUUCAUCCUCCAGCCUAUUAUGGUUUGAGGCCAAUUUCCUUUCGGCUGCUCUUUGCUUUAUCUCAAGGGUGGGAUCUGAAUAGAGGAGAUUGAUCCUAGUUGGCCCUAAUUUUUGCAUAUGUCAUUUAGUUUGUUGGCCCUUUGGGGAUUUUUGUGCCUAUGGAGCUUUUAUAAAAAUUAAUUCCAACAGGCUGCCUCAGAAGGAUAAUCUUAAGUGUGGUCUCUGUCAAAUUAGCAACAUUAUAAAUACUAUUUUAAUAGGUUCAAAUGUGAUUAUUAAUAAAUGGAUGUUUAUUUUUUGUUUGAGGGUUUUUUAACAUAUAAAAAGUUUAUUUCAUGAAAUUUCUGCACUGCUUGAUUAUUUUAAAAAAGCCUCAAAGUCAUAUGCAAAGAGAAUAAAUUGAUUAGGAUAUUUUCUGAAAAAGGAGAUAAGAAGGGUCCUGCUUUGUUUACUGUCUCCAGAUGUAGACAGUUUGGUUUCAGCUUCUGCGUAUCAAGUGACAGCCCCCAAAUUCUGGUCUCCUGCCAUAGAAGCUGUUCCCAGAAUACCACUGAAGGAAGACCCAUAGGCAUCCUUGACACUCUUUCCAUGCAUGGAUUCAGGAGCUGAAGAGUGGAUUUGAUGUCUGUUUCCACCUAGGUGAAAUUCUAGCCUGCCUCAGGGGCAUCCAGGUGACUUUUGUUCCAUUUGUCUCUUGCUUGGCUAGGAAGAAAAGUUGGAAGGGGACAACCGCUACUUCUGUGAGACCUGCCAGAGCAAGCAGAAUGCCACCCGCAGGAUCCGUCUCCUCAGCCUCCCAUGCACCCUCAACCUGCAGCUCAUGCGCUUCGUGUUUGACAGGCAAGCAUCUCUUCUUGUUCCAGCACCCCAGGGUGGGAGCCUUCAGAGCUGCUGUGGUCAGAUCCCUCCAUACUGGAAGGAGGCAGGCUUACGCUUACACCCCCAUUUUAUUUCACAAAAUACAACAAGCACUUCAGAGCAGCUUACAAAAGGAGAUAAAACAAACGAAAUUAUCAAUAAGAAAAAUAUCAGUAAGAAAAAUAACAAGGGAAAUAGCAAGGGAUUAAAACUUGCAUCAGCUUUGUAAACAUCUGGGUAAGUAAAGGUAAAGGUACCCCUGCCCGUAUGGGCCAGUCUUGCCAGACUCUAGGGUUGUGCGCUCAUCUCACUCUAGAGGCCGGGAGCCAGCGCUGUCCGCAGACACUUCCGGGUCACGUGGCCAGCGUGACAAGCUGCAUCUGGCGAGCCAGCGCAGCACACGGAACGCCGUUUACCUUCCCGCUAGUAAGCGGUCCCUAUUUAUCUACUUGCACCCGGGGGUGCUUUCGAACUGCUAGGUUGGCAGGCGCUGGGACAGAGCGACGGGAGCGCACCCCGCUCCGGGGAUUUGAACCGCCGACCUUUCGAUCAGCAAGUCCUAGGCGCUGAGGCUUUUACCCACAGCGCCACCCGCGUCCCUAAACAUCUGGGUAGGCUUGCCUAAACAAAAAUGGUUUCAGCAGUUGCUAAAAAGAGGACAGAAAAGGCUCCUGCCUGCUGUCAGUAUAGGUGCUGCCACAUGAAAAGAUCAAUUUCUUACCAAGGCAGAAUGGAUAUUAUGCGGCGCCUGUAACAGUGCCGCAGAUCAAACUGAACGGGACAAGAUAACUGUUCGGUGGAUUUGUAGCUGGUUGAUUGACUUAACCCGAAGCUCACUAACGGUUCCUCGUCAUCCUGGAAAAAGGUGACAAGUGGGGUGCCGCAGGUGCGUUGUGAGUUGCCAAACUCGGCCUUACCGUUUGCUAUUUCUUUCCUUACUUCCUUAGGCAAACAGGCCACAAGAAGAAGCUGAACGCCUACAUCGAGUUCUCAGAAUUGCUGGACAUGGAGCCCUACAUGGAAGACAAAGGUGAGGUUAUGAUCUUAUGUAGCCAAGUAGCAGCUUGUGAUUGGGCAUGAAGGGGUGGCAGUCGGGGCUGGUCCAUUAGGGCAAACAGGGCACUGCCCUAGCAGUCUCACUGCCCUUCACCAGACCCUGCCUUGCCUGCCUUCUUACUUCCCACCAGUCCAGGUUUGUGGCACUUGCUGUCAGCAUCCUCAAACUCAGUGUUUCCCCAUCUAGAACUCAAAAAGGAGAAGGGCAGAGGCAAAAGUAGGUCACUCUGGCACCACCCUGCUGUUGAGCUCCCUGCUUUCUAUCCUGCCAAUCCCAAUGUACACCAACCAUGGCCCAAGGGGUUGGGGACAAAAAGGCUGAUCUCUGCCUCCCAGAAGAUUACAAUGACAAAGCCGGUAACGCCAUUAACGCUGUAGGGGCUAUUGUCUUUGCCAACCCUAUGCGUUGCAGGGGGUUGGACUAGAUGACCCGUGGGUCCCUUCCAAUGCUACAGUUCUCUGAUUCUGUGACCCUCCUUCCAGCCAGCAUCUUUGUCUAUGAGCUGAGUGCAGUCCUCAUCCACCGCGGCGUGAGCGCCUACUCCGGCCACUACAUUGCCCACGUGAAGGACCCUCAGACGGGAGAGUGGUACCGGUUCAACGAUGAAGAGAUAGAGAAGAUGGAGGGCAAGAAGCUGCAGCUGGGGGCAGAAGAAGACCUAGGUAAGACCUUACCAAAAACGCGCAGAGGAGGCCCUGGCUCCUAUAAGUAGUUAGGAGUCAAACCGUUUGGAGCAGCCAUGGUGGGGAGACGGCCUCUGCCCCUCCAAGUGUCCAGAUCUGGUGCAGUUGCCCUGACUGCCUCUAUGUUUUCAGGCUCGGUUCACCAAAUCCCAGAUUCAAUCAAUAAAGCAAGGGACCUUGAUGUCUGUGUCCUGGCUUGCAUUUGCCUGGGUCCUGCAUUCAUUGCCUGAGGCGCUUCCCUGAGAGUGGUUUGGAGGGUGUCAGCAAGCGACAGGGCCUUUUUGGUUACGGGCCCCUCUUUUUGGUCUUUGGAAUGCUCUCCCUAGUAAGGCCGGCCUUGUGCCAUCGUUAAUGUUGUUUCAGCAUAUCUGCUCUCUGAGGUAUUUGAGGGAACAUGAUUAUGUUUAUGUGUUAUAUCUUCUUUGCAUAUUAUUUAAUUAGACCCGAUGAUCAUUUUUAAUAGGGUGUGUGUAAGGUGCCUAGAGGCAUUUUGUAUUAGACGACGAAUGACUCCCCAAGGCCAGGGAAUUGAGAGAAUCAUCGCUCAGCACCAUCUAGAGGGCCACAGGAUAGAGAAGACUGCGUGUCUCUGUCCUCUGAGCACUCCUGGAAUGACAUACUGUGGGGUUCCUUUGGCCCUUUGGAUGUUGCUGAAUUACAACUCCCAUCAUCCUUAGCUGUGCUGACCCGGGCUGAUGGGAGUUGUAGUUUCAGCAACAUCCAAAGGGCCAAAAGCUGGGUAUGCCUGGUGUAUUGGGAACAGCAAAGGGUUAACUACUCAGUUGCCAUUUCCACUAGCAAUAAAGCUUCUUGUGCCUUGGCACAAUUAUCCCCAGAAGAAACGGCUCCAUUAACGUGUUUACGCAACCCACGUUUGGUGAGGCUUGUGUGUGCUAAGGGGUGUGUAUCUGAUAGCUCCAAAUUGCUGGCUCUCAUGAGGCCCUUUGGAAGUAACCACCUUCAGUCUUGGCUCCUUGCUCUGUGCUGUCUUCCUUCCUCAUGUGCUUGGCAGGUGAUGUGAAUGGGGCAUCCAUUAAAAAGUAAACAUGUUAAUGGGGGGGUACAUGGGGAUCCACCCAAAUAAAUUUGGCACUCUGGCAAAGCUGCAGAAGUGGGGUGGGAGGGUCUGGCCAAAGGUUAGCUGCAUUGAACCUGGCAGAUGAAGCACUCUGGAUGGGGUGAGAUGCAGGGCAAUGCCUUGCUAGGACGGAACGCUCAGCAACCCAGGAGCCACCACUGAAAAGGCCCCAUCACAGAUCAGCGAGUUGAGAGGGAAGAGCGUUCCAGGUUCUGCUUCCGUGACAGGAGAGAGAGAGCAGAUGUCUCAGGGCUUCUCUUGUGCUUGGCUUCUCUCUCCCCACUAGAGCCUUCUAAAUCUCAGACUCGGAAGCUCAAAUGCGGGAAGGGGGUUUACCGCUCUCGGAACGCCUACAUGCUGGUGUACAGGCUGCAGACCCGGGAGAAAUCGCUGAGUGUUGAAAUUCCAGGUAAGGCUGGAGUUGGAGUUUUGUGUGCUUGUGUGUUGUCUAUUCUUUCCCAGUCUGUGCACCCAGGGUGUGGCAAUUGCCUGGUGUGUGUGUGUGUGUGUGUGUGUGCAGGCAAACCUGUUGUGGGGCACAUGUUAAGCUAAGCAAGCCACCUUGUGUCCACUCAGCAAAUGUUGGGCACAGGUGGUGAUGUUUUCUUUCUUCCCCCAAAUAGGUAGCUUGCUGAGUCAAAGGGGGAAUGCCGGGUGUGUUUUAUACAGUCAUACCUCGGGUUACAGACGCUUCAGGUUGCGUGUUUUUGGGUUGCGCAGUGCGCCGAACCCGGAAGUACCGGAACAGGUUACUUCCGGGUUUCGGUGCAUGCGCAGAAGCGCCGAAUCGCAACCCGCGUGUGCGCAGACGCAGUGCUGCAGGUUGCGAACACUGCGGGUUGCGAAUGUGCCUCCCGCACGGAUCAUGUUCACAACCCGAGCGUCCACUGUAUAAAUUUAUGAGUCCCCAUUUCAGUUGAUCGCUUGCCUAUCCAGUUCUUUCUUCCUAGCUGUUAGGGCAUAGAGAGCCACCUUAUAAGUAACAGAGUCAUCAGUAUCACUCUGCAGCUAUUUCACACUGACUACCCUGGUUAGAUUUGUUUCCUUUGUGUGAAAAGGACUGUUAUGAAUCAAUUUCUUGGGUCUGUAUAUAGUGGAUGUUAUCGUAAGUAAUGGCAAAUGUCCUCUACACAUUGUUCCCCCCAAGAGAUGUUUUAUAUUGGUUGAGGAGGUGGCAAGUCAGCUUGGUGGUUGCAUCAGAAACCUUACAUGAGCUUAAUCCUCCUUUGGUGGAAACCUGUAAAUUACUCUCAAGAAAACAUUGGCUCGGGGGGGGUGUUAUUAUUGGGGGCAAAUUGCCUCUGAAUGCCAUUUGCUGUGGCUCAUAAGUGGAGAGCGUACUGUUGCACAUGGGUCCCAUAAGGGCAUAGGGCAUAGACCUCCAGGUAUAGGGCGGUGUAUAAAAUGAAUAAAUAAUAAUAAUUAAUAAUUUUGUGUUGGCCACUGUGCCGCCAGGAUGGUAGACUAGGUGGGUCCAUUUUGGCUUGCUCCAGCUGCGGCCAGACUCUUCUGACAUUCUUAUUUUGGGGGUCUCCUCUCAAAGGGGGGCCUCCAACCCCAUAUACACCCACUUGACUCCCUCGGUCAGCAGAACAGGCACUACUGCAGGUGCAACGUAAUAUCUGUUCUGCAUUUAUAAGAACUCAAUAAUUCAGUGUGGGAGCACCUGCACUCUGGAACUCCCUGCCUAUUGAUAUCGGAAAGCUGCCUUCACUUUGGCACCUGCAAAAAACAUCUCUGUUAAGAGAAAGCCUACCCAGAUGUUUAGAGAGUUGGUGCAGGUUUUAAUCUGUUUUUAUUCUAUAGUUCUAUGAACGUUUGUUCAAAAGUCUGCAAUUACUGUUGUUAAUCCUUAUUUAUAGUUUGAUUUUUAAAAUCUGUUUUGUUAAACUGCUUUUUUGGUUUCUUUUGGAAUCAAGCAACAUAUGAAUUUGAUGAAACAAGAUGUUUCCCCUGGGGUGAAUGGAUGUCUGUGGGAAUGACUCUCAGUCAAGGCCUUUAGAGGUGUAGCAAAGGGCUUCCUCUUUCUUUUGUGGGGGAUGAGGGCCGGGCUCCGUUCUCAGUCCUAAUUCUGUUGCUUGUCCCCCUCCCCCCAAUUGGCCAGCUUUUUUGCAAGAGCUCGUAGAGAGGGACAACAGCAAGUUUGAGGAGUGGUGCACAGAGAUGGCCGAGAUGCGCAAACAGAGCGUGGCCAGGGGCAAGAUCAAGCACGAGGAGGUGAAGGAGCUCUACCAGAAGUUGCCUGCCAAAGCUGGUCUGUAAGAUCUUCCAUUUGUCUUUUAAAAAAAUAAAUAUUUGCAGUAUUGCAUGUUAAGGAUAAGACUGUUGUAGGCGAGGUUUGGAGGGUGGGGUGAUGAGUAACCCUCCUGAGGCUCCAUCAAAGUGCCUUCCAUCCCUGCCCCGCACCCACACAGUGCAAGCAGAUAUCAGUGGAAGCUUUGCAAGAAUUUUCUUCCCAAAUUCACAUCACCUGUGCUCUCUCUCUCUCUCUUGGGCAUGUCUAAAAACAUCUAAACAUGUGAAAGCAUUUAAAAUUUGCCUUGCAUUCCCCCCGCUCCCAUUGUUUGGAUCUCUAAUGAAGCCUUCCUAAUUAGCAAUAUUUAUAUCACUUUUAUCAAAUCCUGUGGCGUCUAGUUCCGGCCUGGAAAAUUAAAGUCGUUUCUGCAUCUCUUGGUAAAGAUAAUCACUGCUGGCAACACUUAGAAGCAGUUGGCCGGCCGCCUUAGUCUUAAGUCCCAAGAGGAAAUAUUGGAACAACGUGUUUGCUGCUCUGAGCUGCUUUAUCAGGAAGGGCAGGAUGUAAAAUAAAUAACAAAAUAAUUUUAGAUUCAGGUGUUGGUCUGAUGCAGUUGAAAUAAAUAAAAAAAAUAAAAAAAUUGUCCAGUAGCACCUUAGAGACCAACUAAGUUUGUUCUGGGUAUAAGCUUUCAUGCGCAUGCCACAGGUCUUCAGAUAAUUUUACUUUACUUUAUUGAGAGCCAGUGUGGUGUAGUGGUUAGAGUGUCAGAGUAGGACCUGGGAGAGACCAGGGUUCAAAUCCCCGCCCCCUUCCGCCAUGAAGCUCACUGGGUGUCUCUCAGCCCAGCCCUACCUUGUGGGGAGAAAAUGGAGAGGGGGAGAACUGUGCAUUGCAACCUUGAGCUUCUGGGAGAGAAAGGUAGGCUAUAAAUUAAAGGAGAUAAAUGGUGACAUGUGGCAGAACGAACUGUUCCACUGUGGGCAAGGCUGGGGUGGUGUUGGUGUCCUUUAACAAAUGACUCUUAAAAAACCACAAACCGGGACCAAGUAUAUUGGAAAGAGUGUGUCUAGCACUCCUCACUAUAAUUGCACUAGUUUCCUUCACUAUAAUUGCACUUCACUAUAAUACCUUCACUAUAAACCUUCACUAUAAUUGCACUAGUUUUCCACCUGCAUGGAGUUACCUUACAUUAAGGGAGCAGUCGCACGCAUGGCUUGCUCCUUCAUGCAUCCAUGAGCUGAGGUCGUUCAUCCUCAUUUUGGCUCAGUGCAGGGGAGAAAAUGAGCAGCUGGGAUGUGGGUGGGCUGAUGGAGCCUCUGUUUUGCUCUGGGAGUGUGUGUGUGUGUGUGUGUGUGUGAGUGAGUGAGUGAGAGAGAGAACACAUCACCAUGCGGCUACAUUUUCAGUGGCCUAAGCCCCUCUCUUGCUUUACCCCCCCAAAUAGCUGGAGGGCCUUCUGAGGGUGGGGUGCUGGAGUUAAUUUUCUGAAGUUCAGGUGGUUGUCCUAUUUUACAAGUGUUAUACUUUCACAGUCUGUGUUAGCGUUAAGCAGAGGAGGCCCGUAGAAAUUAACUGACAAGACUAACUUGGGUCCACUAAUUUCCAGAGCUGCCUGGUUGGUGCUGACCCACAAUAUGGCCUUUUUAGUGGUGGUUCCCCAGUUGUGCAGCGACCUCCCUAGCAAGGUGUGCCUGCCUCCAUCAUUACUCCAUUCCAGGAGGAAUUUUAAAACAUUCCUGUUUACCCAGGUGUGUUCCGUGGCUGCAUAAUACUAUCCCAGGCAACCCUAGGAUCAUUGGAUGGAAGGAUGUUCUUAACUCUUUCAAAUUGCUUUUAGGGUUUUUUAAAAACUAACUUAUUUUAGAUGUUAUCUGUAAUAGUUUUUCAUGUUGUUUCAUUCUGUUUUCAAAGUGCUUGCUACGCUUUUGUUUCAAAUGCUACAUCUGUUUCCCACCCUAGACUACUUAGGGAGAGAGGGAGGGAUAUAAAUUAAUAGACUCAUAGAAUUGUACAGUUGGAAAGGGACCCAAGGGUCAUCUAGUCCAACCCCCUCCAAUGCAGGAAUCACAACUAUAAAUUAUUUCAACAGGUCUACUCUGAGUAGGGCAGACUUGGAUACAACCCAGUUUGUUUGUUUCUUGCCAAGUUGAAGAUUAGAUUGUUUAGAUUUUGAGUUUUGCUGGCCAGGGGGUGGAAUGUAUGAUCAUGAAGCUUCACCGGUCAAGGCAGACACUUUUGGUGAGCCCAAGCAAACAGGGCUUGUGGCGCUGAUGCCCCACCCCAGCCCUCCUGUCCUCCUCCUCCUUCCAGGCUGCCCCUAUGACUUCGUGUCUCUUGAAUGGCUGCAGCAGUGGCUGGAUGAGUCAACGCCCCCCAAGCCCAUCGAUAACACGGCCUGCCUGUGCUCUCACGGAAAGUUGCACCCGGACAAAAUACCCACCGUCAAAAGGGUCUCUGAAUAUGUCGCUGACUACUUCUACAAGAGAUAUGGAGGAGGACCCAGGCUGACAGGUAAGCCAAACCCCAGAAGGGAGCAUGUCCCAGGAGAGCUUAGCUUAGGAGUCAGCAAACUUUUUCAGCUGGGGGCUGGUCCACUGUCCCUCAGACCUUGUGGGGGGCUGGACUAUAUUUUGAAAAAAAAUAUGAAUGAAUUCCUAUGCCCCACAAAUAACCCAGUGAUGCAUUUGAAAUAAAAGCACACAUUCUACUCAUGUAAAAAAACGCUGAUUCCCGUUUCAGCUUUGCCUUUGAGCCAGUGCCACCGACUGGGCCAGGCGAGCUGGAAAGCACUUCCAGAGACCUUCCACGCAGGAAGCAGGUCUAAGUGCUGUGGACUCACAGCUCAGAGCUGUGAGCACCAAACUCACUUCCAGUAGUCAGCGGAGCACAGCAGAGCAUGAACCACAUGAACGACAGCUUCUGUAGAAUAACUUCUUUUAUUCUCUACAGCUACUAUACAAACUAACUACAGACUAAAUGGAGACGCUGGACUGCACUGAGUGUUACAGCUGCAUGAGCAGCGACCUUAUCUAUACACAGAUAACACUCAGACUCCCUCUUUGAAGUCAGGCUGGAGCAGAAUAAGUAAUGAGCAAAAUCCGCCCCCUCCUUUCUGAAACAUCAGCAGAUUCUUGCAAUGGGAGGGGUGAAAUAUCCUCAUCCCGGACCCUCCGUGGGCUGGAUUUAAAAGGCGAUUGGGCCGGAUCCAGCCCCGGGCCUUAGUUUGCCUACCCAUGGCUUAGCUCCUCGCCACCUUUGCCUCCCGCAUCAUCUUGUGAUGGUUGGACUACCCUGCCUUGUUAGAGCAGUGACCAGUCACGAUGGCUCUGCUGUGUCUUCACGGGUGGAGGCAGUAAAUGCAUCUCAGUGCCGGUUGCUGGAAGCUGCAGGAGGGGAGAAUUCUUUUGCUUGCAGGUCUCCAAUAACGAGCACCUGGUUGAGAAUAAGAGACUGGACUGGACAGGCCAUUGGCUUCAUCCAGCAGGGUUUUUAUGCUCUUACUAGAGUUCCAUAACCUUUGAUUGUUUGUUUAUUGAAUUUAUAUCCCACCAAUUUUUCCAGGGAGCUCAAGGUGGCAUUUAAACCUCACCACAACCCUGUGAGGUAGGUUAGGCUGAGAGGCAGUGACUGGCCCCAGAGCUCACCCAGUAAGUUUCAUGGCUGAGGGGCAGGAUUUGAAGCCUCUCCUCUAAGGUCCUGCUAUUCCCACACUCGAACCACUCCACACUCCACCGGCUGUUGCAAUUUCCUUGGCUUAGCAGGCAGCUCCCAAGGAGCACAGUGUUUCCUGGAAAGGAGAUGUGAGCAACGGGAGCCACUUGUUCCUUAUGGAAUCUAUCCUGUGGCUGGGGCCAAACAACAGUGUUUAAAUAGGGCAAAUUAAACCAAGUGAUAAAAAGUGCAUACUAUUUGGAAAGAGAGGAGGUGAAUGGAUCGGUUAACAACAACAACCACACACCCUUGAAACCUCCUCCUCUUGAUACUGCCUUCCAAGUGGCAGAGUGCCAGCAAAAUCUAUUUUGCAGCACACGUGUUAACCUCCAAAUGCUUACUCCACACUCUCUUCUGGUCCCAUGCCUUUCUGCAGCUGGGAGAGCUCUUUGCUGCCCUGGCUGGUAAACUCACCUUCCUCUCAAUUAUGCCUCUCCCCCUCCCAAGUUCGUUCCUGCCAGCUGCUGUUCUCAGGGCUGAAUCUCGAGAUGAAAGCUGUUAAACCCAAGAGAAGCUGAUUCGCAAAGGCUGAGAGUGAAGCUGACACUCUCAGACUGAGGUUUCCCCUUUCCAUAAAGCGCUUAGCCAUCCCUCUCCUCCAGACAGGAACUGGCUGGUGUGCGUGUCUUUAAUUGCCACUUAGUUAUAAUAGCAUUUAUAAGCUGCCAACUUGUUUUUUUUUUUUAAUUGCAUGCAAGAGUGUUAAAGCAUCUCAAAGAGUUCUGUCCAGUGUUAGUCCUAUUUUACGUAGAGCCACUGACAUUAAUGGCUACAGCUAAGUUAGGUCCAUUCAUUUCGAUAGGUUUGCCUGGAGUAAAACUUAGUUGGAGGUGCCCCAGAGAUAACAGGAAAAAAUGACCCAUGCAGAAUCAGACUAACUCUCUAACCACACUUGGCAAUACCAGCUUUGCAGCAAAUGUCAAAAUAUCAACACGGUAGAGGUGCUUGCCUACAAUGUUCCCAAGUGCUGGUGCUGCUACGCUGAAAGCCUUAGUUUGGGUAGUCAUAAACAGAGUUCUCCUCCAUGGGAUGUGGAAGGGGCACUGGUAGCUCAGUGGUGUAGCAUCUGCCGGGCAAGAAGAAGGCCCAUGUUCAAUCCCCAUCUCUAGGUAGGGCUGGGAGAGACACUCUGCCAAAAGCCCUAGAGAGCCACUGCUGCCAGUCAGUGUAGACAGGACUGAGCUAGAUGGAGCAAUGGUCUGGCUUGGUAUAGGGCAGCUUCCUAUGUCUCCUGUUCUACAGUCAGGAGAAAGGUUAACUGCUUGUUAAAAUCAGGGAAGUUUAAAGGGUCUGAUAAACAUGCCCAGAUGGCAGCCUAAAGAGGGGAAAGGAAGCUGGAUGAAGCAGGUCUUUGGGUUUGGGGUGGAGGAAAGCUGUGCCAUUGUCUCAGCUGCUUUAGAUCUAAGCCCUGCCCUAUGGAAGGACACUUUCUCCAGAAUGCACAGGAAGGGAUAUUGUACUGAGGAUGAUGGGGGUCUUUUUGCUUGUCUCUUCCUCCUCAGUCAAAGCACUCUGCAGGGACUGUGUGGUGGAGAGGUGCCGAGUCCUGCGGCUGAAGAACCAGCUGAAUGAGGACUACAAAACAGUCUCCAACUUGCUGAAGGUGACCGUCAAAGGGUAAGCAAGUCCCCUUUUCAAGUGUGCAGAGAGUGGUUGUCGGUGGGGGGGGCGUACUUUGCUGGAGACAUUUUUGUAAAGAGAGCAAGUGGCUUGGAAAUCAAUAGCUGCAUUCAUUUUAUUUAAAAGCAUUUCUAGGCUGUUUAAUAUUUAAAUGUAGCUGGGGGAAAUUAAAUGUCUUUGCAAGACCUCUGAAGCAACUACAGUCAUACCUCAUGUUACAUCCGCUUCAUGUUACAGUGGUACCUCGGGUUAAGUUCUUAAUUCGUUCCAGAGGUCCGUUCUUAACCUGAAACUGUUCUUAACCUGAAGCACCACUUUAGCUAAUGGGGCCUCCUGCUGCUGCCAUGCCACCGAAGCACAAUUUCUGUUCUCAUCCUGAAGCAAAGUUCUUAACCUGAGGUACUAUUUCUGGGUUAGCGGAGUCUGUAACCUGAAGUGUAUGUAACCCGAGGUACCACUGGUACAUUCUUUCAGGUUAUGUCCCGCGGUGACCCGGAAGUACUGGAAAGGGUUACUUCCAGGUUUCGCCACAUGAGCAGAAGCAGCGAAUCGCAACCCGCGCGUGUGCAGAUGUGCCUCUGCAGGUUGCGCUCUUUUCAUGUUGCGAAUGGGCCUCCGGAACAGAUCCCAUUCACAACCAGAGGUACCACUGUAAUAGAUAAUUUCUUCAUGUGCAAGAUUUGAACUCCAGUCCUUCUCAGUGGUGGUUUGACAUUCCAGCCAUUGGUGCCAUGCCAGACACACAGCCGCAGAACCAGAAAGUCCAGUUAUGAUAAGUGGAAUAAAAAUGAAAUAUGAGUUUGACUCGGUAUGGCUUUGAUUUAUAGCGGGGUUUUGUACAAUAGUACAGUAAACUCUCUUCCGUCUCAGUCACAAUGGCCACUAUGGAGAAAUUAUCCCAGUGGAUGGGAGCUCAACCUGUAAUGUAAAAGAUUUCCCAAGUCUGUAUCGGUGUCAGGUGGAUGACUGCAUACGUGCUUGAACACUUUGUGCUUGGUAAUUGUUUUUUAAAAAUUCAAUGAAGUUUGUAUUAAAUAAAAAGAUCUUCACAGUAUGUUGCCUCUUUGUCUCCUUUCAGGAACGACGGGUUUUGGGUUGGGAAAUCGUCAUUGCGGAGUUGGCGCCAGCUGGCCCUAGAGCAGCUGGAUGACCCAGACGAGGAUGCCGAUCAGAGCAACGGCAGGAUGAACGGUGAUGCCAAAAGCAAAGGUAGCCUCCUGUCUCUGCCUCUCCACUCCCCUUUAUACGGAUUUUGCAGCCUCCCUGCCUAGCACUGGAGCAAAGUCCUGCCUGCCUUCCCAUCGCAAAGGGAUGAUGGCUGGACUCGGAUGCUGUUAAAUCCCAAGGAAAGGGUUUGCCCGAAGGGCCUCAGCGCACGAGGGGCUCCACAGUUGAUCCUGUACUCUUGAGCUGGUGAAAUCUGGAAUGUGGAACCCCUCAAGGACUAGUCAUUAUUAUUAUUGGUAGAGCAUGAAACCCUUAAUCACAGGGUCACGGGUUCAAGCCCCAUUUUGGGUGGAAGAUUCCUGCGCUGCAGAGAGUUGGACUUGGAUGAUCCUCGUGGUCCUUUCCAAUUCUGUGAUUCUAUGAAUUAUUAUUUACACUAGGCCCACAAGUUACACAUACUCUUCUUAUUUGAUUGCAACUUUAGGCAGAUUGUAAGUAAGUAAGUAAAUAAAUAAAUAGAAAGUGGAGACCCUUGCUUACUGGGCUCUGGAGCCUCUUGCAAGAUCUUGCGGAGCCACCCAAAGGAUUUUCCUUUGCAGAAGCAGCUUUUGAAGCCCUUUGCCUUGCUUUACAGGGCUCUUGGACAAUCACACAAGGCCCUGCGUUAUGUUCCGGCAAUAUCUUGCAGAACAGUUAAGAAAUACUGCAAGAUCUGAGGCCGCAGAGGUGGUUCCAGGGGUCAUUCUGACUUUGCCUAAUUUUGCCUUUGAGCACAGAUCCCUGGAACGAAACCCCAGCAUAAGCUGUAGGCCCACUGUAUUUAUUUUAUUGCAUUUAUAUCCCACCCUUUUCUGUGAGGAGCUUCCAGGUGCCAUACAUGGUUCUCCCCACGCUGUCCUCAUUUCAUCCUCCCAGCAGCCCUGAGUUAGGCUGAGCGGCAGCAAAUGGCUCAAGGUCCCGCCCAUGAGUUCCAUGGCCAAGUUAGGGAUUUAAGUGUGGUCUCUCCCCAGGUCAUAGUCCCAACACACUAAGCCCAGUGGUCAGCAACCUUUUUCAGCUGUGGGCCGGUCCACCGUCCCCCAGACCAUGUGGGGGGCCGGACUAUAUUUUGAAAAAAAAAAAAAGAUGAGCGAAUUCCUAUGCCCCACCAAAUAACCCAGAGAUGCAUUUAAAAUAAAAGCACACAUUCUACUCAUGUAAAAACACUAGGCAGGCUCCACAAAUAACCCAGAGAUGCAUUUUAAAGAAAAGGACACAUUCUACUCAUGUAAAAACACGCAGAUUCCUGGACCCUCCUUGGGCCGGAUUGAGAAGGCGAUUGGGCCUUAGGUUGCCUACCCCUGCUCUAAGCACUGUUGUCCAGCAAUUAGUUUUACUUAGUGCUCCCCCCUUUCUGUGUGACACAAGAGUUAAGAUCAGCCUUUGAGAAAGGACUUUGCUUUAUUUUUCUCUUUUUGUUUUCAUUUAGAUCAGCCUUAAUAAAAAAAAACAACCUAACUUUGAGAGAGGACUUUGUAUAUACUUUUUUCCUUCCUUCCUUCCUUCCUUUCCUCCCUCCCUCCUCUUUUUAAUUUUUAUUCAGAUUAGUUUGGUUUUUUACAAUGAAAAAGUUUCAAUAAAAUUUUAUGGAAAGAAACAAAAACAAACAAACAAACUACAGUUCUUAUGCAUCCUAGGCCUAAAUAGGAUUGUAAAGUCAGUUCCUUGAUCGGUCCCCUAAUGCGUGACUCACUGUGGAUAUCAAAUCUCUUCACCUCUUUCACAAGACUGGUAACAAAGAAGUUGGCCCUCAGCAUCACAAGUACAUUCUAAAUGACACGGCACAAAAGGAGAAAGGGACAGGGAGGGAAAAGGGCAAAUGUGCGAACCGGAGGCACCAAAAUGGCGGUUCUUACAAUGACCAGCUGGAGUAGAGACAGUUCAGAGACAGGAGCAGUUGAGUGGCCACCUCUGUCUCAGGAGUUGUGUGGCAAAGGUCUCUAAACACCAGGAAGCAAACCCUGUUCACCUGAAUCCAUUCCUUUCAGCUGAGGAGGCCAUUGGGAGCACACAGUAAUGUAAACCUCAGCAUCUACUGUGGCGUGCUGCUGUUGUUAAUUAAAUUUAUAUAUUGCCCUUCAUCCAAAGAUCACAGGCCAAUUAGAACAUAAAAACACAAAAUGCAUAAGAAUAAUAAAAAACAGUAACACCCCCAAUAAAAGGCCUUAGAUUGCUUAACAGCCCAAAGGCAUGUUUGAAGAGGGAUGUUUUCAUCUGGAAACUAAAGAUCUGUAAUGAAGGCAGCAGACGAACCUCUCUAGGAAGAGCAUUCCUCAAACGGAGUCAUUGCAGAAGAGGCCUGGUUUUUUCCCUGUUCUCACUCUGUGGCAUCCUCUCCUUGCUUUCCAGAUGAAUCCAUCGCCGAGAAGCGGGAGGAAGAGGACCUGAAGUUCAACGAGGACAUCAUCUGCCCCCAUGGUGAGGGCUGGGGCUGCUUCUCAAAUGUCUGUUUCAAUGAUUGAUUCCAUUUCUGUACUGCCCUUACUCUGAUGGGAGCGCAGAGCAGUGGACAGCAUGAAAAUGCAACUGAAAAAACCCCACUUCUAAAAUAAAAAAUAGAAAGCAAGUGCCAGCUGCUGAAAUUUCAGCAAACUCAUCUUAAUAUACAGUGGUGCCCCGCAAGACGAAUGCCUCGCAAGACGGAAAACUCGCUAGACGAAAGGGUUUUCCGUUUUUGAGCUGCUUCGCAAGACGAAUUUCCCUAUGGGCUUGCUUCGCAAGACGAAAACGUCUUGCAAGUUUGUUUCCUGGUUCUAGCAGCGUUAAUACAGUUGCGCCUUGAAGUCGAGGAGCAACUCAUAGAACGCAGUGUACAUAGUAGCCUUUUUGAGGUUUUUAAAGACUUGGGUGAUUUUUGAAGCGUGUCCAAAACUUCUUUUGCAGCCAAGUUAAGCUUUUAAAACUUUUUUGGGUUUUUUGGAUUUUGGGUUGGGGUGUUUGGAAUUCAAGGACUUGGUGUUGGGGAGGGGUUUGCAAGAAUCUGGAAGCUUGUGUGUCUUUUUUCUGCAUUUUUUAUGAUUUUCUGUGACCAUUGGGCCACUCUGCUGUUUUUUAAAAAAAUUUCUGGAUUUGAAUUUCUGUGUGCUGGGUGACUGGGGGAACAGUUGGGGAGGGGUUUGCAACAGUUGGGGAGGGGCUGGGGGAACAGUUGGGGAGGGGUUUGCAACAGUUGGGGAGGUUGUUGUACCAAAUUUGGCUUUGUUUGGACUUUUUUUGACCAUAGGAACGCAUUAAUUGAUUUUCAAUGCAUUCCUAUGGGAAUUCGUGAUUCGCAAGACGAAAAAUUCGCAAGACGAAAAAACUCGCGGAACGAAUUAAUUUCGUCUUGCGAGGCACCACUGUAUAUGCCCCACUAUGUACUGUAUUUAUUUCCUACCUUUCCUCAGAUAAGCUUUGGGUGGCAUGCGUAGUUCUCCACCCACCUCUUUGCAAUGUUCUCAACACCACAGCCCUGCAAGGCAGAUCUGGCUGAAAGAAAGGGACUGCCCCAAGGAAACACAAUGAGCUUUCCUACGGCUAAGUGCAAAUUUGAACCUAGGCCCUUCCUUAUUUCUAGCCCCUCUGCUUGAACUGCUACACCCUACUUAGUCCAAUACAACAACAGUUUCCAGUGGGGUAGGAAAUCUCCAGGGCUUUCCUAUAAGGGUGAAACCUGCCUCCUUAAAAUACCCAUGUGUUUCAGAAGGGUGGGGAGUGAGCCGAUUCUUAGUGUUCAUAAAGGAGUGAGAGGACUUCCAGUUCGCAUCCUGGGCUGCCCUCUCCCCCUGACACCAGGAAUGCAGUGCUCCUGUUGCUGUAGACUGCAGGAGGGGAGAGUGCUAUUGUGAUCCAGUCUUGUGUGCUAGUUUCCUCACAGGCAUCUGGUUGGCCACUGAGGGAACAGGAUGCUGGACCAGCUGGGCCACUGGCCGGAUCCAGAAGGCUCAUGUUCUUUUGAGAGAAGGUGCUCCCCCAAGGAUGCUAGCACCCAGGGAGGUUCGUGUAGGCCCAGGCCAUUUUCUGUGGCUGUAAAAUGAGAGAAUCUCGCAUACAAAUGCCUCCUACUCCCUUACCGCUUUUAUAGCUGGGUUGCAUUGAACAAGACAUAAUCUCAGUGCGAGUGUUUGUUUUGGAGGAUGCCCUUCAGAAAGGUAAUUUGCUUAAGAAGUCAAGGCGCACGUGCUCGCCUCCGCAUAUGCCAUUGCUUCUGGCAAUUAGCAAAGCCUAAGGAAGCCCUUAGUGUGCUCCUCUCCCAGAUCUCAAGCAAUUGCAGGCUCAGCGACUGCGUUGGCCCCUGCGUUUGGCGCACACCCAUUUCCUGAUGCUUGGGUCACCCCUGGAGCAGGAGGUAAAACAAAAGCGUAUUCUCCUCCUCCGCCUUAAUUGCCGGCUUCGUCUCCCUAAUUGCCCUGUAACCUUAGAGACUGCACAGAAAGGAGCUGUGCUGGAAAGUGGAAGGCCUUCUUGAGAUGAUGCGGCCCCUUACCAAGCACAUAGCAAAUUAUUAAUGUGCAGUGGGCCUUUUUUUUUGCAAGCUCUCUGCUCUGCAACGGAGGCAGGAAUAGGUGCGCUCUGCAAGGAGUCCUGGGGGGCAGGAAGAGGGGGAGGCUGGUCUUGGCUUGCAUCCAGUGGCUUCAUGUGGUGGUUCCUUCCUCUGUGAGCCUUGGAUGCUGCUGUUUUUUCUGGUUAGAAUAAGAGCAGGGUGGGAAGGGAUACCUAGGAAUAGGCUAGAUCAGGCCCAAAGGGCCUGUUCUCACGCAGUGGCCAACCAAAUGCCCAUUCUGGGAAGCUCACAAGCAGGACCCCUGAGCCACAAGAGCAGCUCUCCCCUCCUGUGUGUUUUCCAGGAGCUGACAUUCAGAAGCAUUGAUGCCUCUGGCUGUGGAGGGCAGAGCAUAGCCAUUGUGGCUGACAGCCAUUGAUAACCCUAUCCUCCACGAAUUUGCCUGAUCCUCUGAUUUAUAAGCCAUUCAAGUUGGUGGCCAUCGCGGCAUCUUGCGGCAGUGAGUUCCAUAGUGAACUUACUUGGUGUGUAAGAAGGCCUUCCUUUCAUCUGUCUUGAAUGUCCUAAAUACCAACUUUGUUAGAUGGCCCUGCCUUUCUGCUUUGGCGCUACUUUCCCUUAAAAACCACAAGGAGCAGCCUUAUACUGAAUCAGACCGUUGGCCCAUCUUAGCCGAGUGUUGUCUACACAGACUGGCAGCAGCUUCUCAUGGGUUUCAGGCAGGAAAGCUUUCCAAAGGAAGAUUACAGUCCCUCGUGGUACUGAGAAAGGACUGGUUUUUAAAGGAGCAAAACAAGCUGUCUGUUUUUGUCUACGCCAGUGUUCCCCAAACUUGGGUCCCCAGCUGUUUUUGGACUGCAACUCCCCUCAUCCCUAGCUAUCAGGGAUGAUGGGAAUUGUAGUCCGGAAACAGCUGGAGACCCGCGUUGGGAAACACUGGUCUACACUGACUGACAGCAGCUUCUCUGGGUUCCCCUCCUGCCCCACUGCUCUCCGGCAACUAAUUCCUCCUCCUGGGGGGGCUUGUCAAAAAUCAUGUGUGGGGAAGGGUUAAUGCUUUGAAAACUGGUCUCCGGGGUGCUUGGUCUUUUAAUGGACCAAUUUGGACCUGAAGUGUUCUCACCCACCUGCCCCAGGAUUCCUGCCAGAUCCGUGAGCUAGGAAGCACGCACCCGAAAGCUGCUCAAAAGGGAACCUCACAAUUGUUCCAUAUUAUAUAUAUAUAUAUUUUUAAAUAAUAUUUAUUAAAGUAUCAAUAAAAGAUUAAACAUAAAACAUAAAAAAGAAAUACACACAAUACAUAAUCUAAAAGAAAAAGGAAAAAUAAAGAAACAAGAAAGCAAAAGACAAAAAAGAAAGUAGAACAAUUAAAAACAGUAUCAUCUUUUCGUCUCCAUUUUUAAAUUUACUUAUUUUCUGGACCUCCUCGUACCUCCCUCUUUUGUAUUCCAGUUCAAAUUGUUUAUCCAGCAAUUUCUUUCCCUCUUUUUUUAAUCCCAAUCUUAGCUCUUGAUAUAAUAUAACAUUAAAAUUUUACCUUUUAAAACCAGAUUUCCAUUUCCUUAAACUUUUUUAAUCCUAAUCCUUAAUCUUAAUCUAUCCAUAAUUUUAAAUCCUAAACAGCUGGAAGCCACUUAUUUUUAAUCCAACAUCACUCUAACAUUCUUUAAUUUUGCAAUGUUUCUGCAAAUAGUCUUUGGAUUUCUUCCAAUCUUCCUCCACCGACUCUUCUCCCUGGUCACGGAUUCUACCAGUCAUUUCCGCCAGUUCCAUAUAGUCCAUCAGUUUCAUCUGCCAUUCCUCCAGUGUGGGAAGCUCUUGUGUCUUGUUCCAUAUUAUAAAGCAACGUCCAUUGGGGACCGUUUGACUCCCUUUUGGCAGCAAACUCAGGGUGGGGGGUGGGCCUCGAAUUGAGAUGUGCCUCUUUUUGCUCGAGUCAACUGCAUUUCUCUGGCGGUUUUCUCCCCUCCCGCAGGCAACCUGUGCAUAUCAGAGAACGAGAGGAGGGUGGUCUCCGGAGAAGCCUGGGAGAAACUGCAGCGCUACUUCCGGAAUGCCCCCGAGUUCCCAAACAGCAAAGACUCCUGUUCUCAGUGCAAGGUGGCGGACUCCUCUUCAUUGGAGGUUUUUAAGGAGAGGCUGGACGGCCGCCUGUCAUGGAUGCUUUAGUUGAGAUUCCUGCAUUGCAGGGGGUUGGAUUAGAUGACCCCGGGGGUCCCUGCCAACUCUACAGUUCUGUAAUUCUAUAAGGUGUCUUGGUUGCAUUUUCCCUGCCUAAGGCGGAGUGUGCUCUGUGUCCAAGAAUGCCCCAGAAACCCAAACACUAGGAAAUUUUGCAGGCAAAUGAGCCGUAGAGGGGGCAGGGGAGGUUUAACCAAUGCCUGCAGGACAGUUCUGGGUCUGUUUGUGCCAUGUAGGAAGCAACCCUAAGCAGACUCAUUGGUUCAUCUACCUCAGUAUUGUCAACACUGACUGGCAGUAUCCAGGGCUUUCGUCCCUGGAGAUGCCAGGGACUGAACCUCAGGCCUUCUGCAGGUCCUCUGCCACUCAACUAUGGUGCUUAGAAAUAAAGCAACAGCUGAUUCAGAUGUGAGCAUAAGAAACUACGGAGUUGGCUCAACCUAGCUCACUAUUUCCUAAGACUGCUCCCCACUGCACAGUCACUGCAGCCAAAGAAUCGCAGGCACCGUUGCCACAACCCUUGACUUCAAGCAGUGCUUCCCAAAGUGGGUGGUACCACCUCUUUGGGGGUGCUGGGAUUUUCUAGGGGGUCGGCGAGAGGCAAGGGAGCAGCAGGGAUAUGUUGGCUAUGGAUAUGACUAUUGGACUGGUAUCUCUGGAGCAAGUCCAUCAGUUUUGUUGAUUUCCUUAAACGACAUAGUUUUAGCUGGAUUUUGAAUGAAUGUGCAAUUAAUUGUUCCUUAGCGGGUCAUGCCAACUGCUGUUCUGAGUAAUGAUUUUUUAUAGGGUAGGCAGCACUGGGGAUGAGUUUAUGGAACCAGGGACACACACACACACACACACACACCCAUAAAAAGUUUGGGAAUCAAUGCUGUAAAGCAAAAACAUAGCUCCCCCACCCCCAGUUUCAUUCGAUCAGGAUGGGGAGUGACUCCUGUGUGUGUUUUUCUGCAGAUUCUGGAACGGGAAGGGGAAGAGAAUGAGGCCCUCCACAAAAUGAUGGCUGGCGAGCAGAAGGCAUCUCUCCCAAACCUCUUCCAGGACAAAAACCGACCUUGCCUCAGCAGCUGGCCAGAGGUAGGAAGUCCAGGAGUUCAUGGUAGCAGGGUGGGUGCUUGUGUGUGUCUCAGAAUGAGUGCAUAUAGUUGCAGGGGCAGAGGUUGCUUAUGGUUGCCUUCUUGUCAAUAUAUGUAUGUACACACAUAUAUAUGUUGUAUGUAGACUGCUUAAUCAUCAAAAGCCUCUUAAGUGCUUUCACGAUGGCGACUGGUAGAUGAUGGAUUGUUUCCGUUGCUAGCCAUACUCAGAGCAGACACAGCAGCCCAGUCCUGUGGAACUCUCUGCCUCUAGAGAUCCAGCGGGUGCCUUCUGCCUUCUGUGUCCACUUUUAAACGCCUGCUGAAACCACUUCUAUCCUGCCAGGCCAAUGCAGGCAAUUAAGAAGUCAUCCACAAUGGUUAACUGAGUUCUGUUUCUUAACAUGGCUUUUUAUUGUAUGGUUUUAUGCUUUUUAGUGCUGUAAACCACCACCCCCACACAGUUAGACGCAGUGGUUUGCAAAUAUUGUUACAAAUAUAUCUGGUUUAAUGGACAUGGCUCAUGUUCAUUAACUUCAGGGGGUCUACUGUGAGUAGGCCUUAGUUGAAUACAACCCAUAACAAUACAACAUUAUUUAGGUUUAUAAUUUGCCGGGUGGCUUGCAGAUGACGCAAAACAAUGCAGUUUGGAACCAAAUAAAAACCACCUAAAUCGACUUAAAAACUACAUACCGUAUAAUAUACAGGCAUGCCCCAGUUACGUCCAUCCACUCGUGCGCAACUGCGUUUACAUGCGCCACCAUGAAAUAAAUUCUGUGUGCAGAGGCCAGGAACGUACCCCCACUUAAGUGGGGGGAUGUGUGUAUAUGUGCCACCUCUGUCUCUGGCGCCGAAGGGUUUUUUCCUGAGAGCUGCUUCUCGGCCGCAUUGUAGAGAUCCAGUCAGCAGCCUCCAAACCAGUUCUCCAUUUCUGCGUCUGGGCAGUGGGGCCUGUGGUGAAGAUCAUUAAUCCAGAGUUUGUGACUGUCCUUGAACAUGCUGUCCUCUGAGCAAAGGAAGGCCUUAGGUUAAGUAGCUCGUCCCUAAUAUAUUUUGGGCAGCAACUUCCAUCAGCCCUGGCUGGCUUGAUGGAAGUUGUAGCUGAGAACUCUUGGAAGGCUCCAGGGCAGGUAAGACAAGUCUAAUUGAAUGCCCAGGGGCGGCAUCACUGCCUGCAUGCAUUCAGCCUCCCCUAAGUAAACCCACAGAACCAAACUACAGGACGUGGUUACAAGUGAUGGUUUACAGCCUCCUCAGGAAGCCUGAUGAAUGCUGCUUGGCUUUUUCUGAAAACUUUCCUCUGGGCAGUAACUUUUAACCAAUGGUUUCGGGGGCAGAACUUUAAAUCGGCAGGGGAAAGGCUGCUAUUGGAAGCAGCCCUUGAAGUCUUCCUCUUUUCAUGCCCUUCACAUAAUGUUCUGCAGGGGAACAAGGAACUCUCUGAAAGUCUGAAUUUCACAAAAGUUGGCCAACUGUCUUUCAGGAGGUGGACGAGCUGUAUGUCGUCUCAAAGUUCUUCGUGGAAGAAUGGAGGAAAUUUGUGAGGUGAGAAGGCGAAGGGAGAGUGAGUCUGGCUACUGGACCAGCCGGGUGCCAUUAUGACUAGUGGGUGAAACAGCUUUUGUUUCAUAGCCCCAGAUCUCCCUUGCUAGUCCUUGAAAACAGGGGCCUUCUGCAUGCAAACAGGGACUCUGCCACUGAGCUUAUUAGAGCUGGAAGGCUACUCUGCUUCCACCUAACACAUUCUCCCUCUUUCUAGUCUAGUUAAAAUAAAUUGAAAGUAGCAACCCUACUUUCUUGCUUGUCAGAAUGGCUUUUGCUAUGCAAUGCCUGCCAUCUCUGCCUCUUCUUCUGACCUACAACCAGGCGGCCUACACGUUGCAGCCCCGUCUCCUCGGUCGGGAACCGGGAUCUUCUGUGUCCACAUGGUGGCCUGAUGUUCACGUUUGCCUCCAUGACCAAAGACGAUUCUAAACUGUGAGUUGCUUCCGUUCAGUAGUUGCAUCUUUUUCAGGUUUUUUUUUGAGGGGGGGUAAGGGUGCAGGCAGUGAGGUGGAUUUGCAUGGGUUGCAGUUCAGUGCACGGCUGCCAAGCAUAGGAACUCAGGGAACUGCCAUCUCUACCGAGUCAGAUCCCUUGGCCUGUCUAGCUCGGUAUUGUCUGCACUGGCAGGCAGGGUUAUCCAGGGUUUGAGGCAGGGCCUUUCCUCCCUCAGCCCCUACAUUCAGAUGCUGCAUGGAAUAGAACCUGGGACCUGUGAGGCAGGUGCUCUGCUGCUGAUCUUAAAAACAAAGCAAGUUUCUAGUCCUCAAGAUUCUGAAUAAAUAGCAGGCAGCCACCUCUGGAAUGAAGGCUCACGUGGGCAAGCAGCCUGCAUUCAUUCAUUCAACCAACCAACCAACCAACCAACCAACCAGGGGUGGUGUUUGCUGAGGCUUUUCGAAAGCACUUCUUUAACUGGGAUCCCCUUCCCUGCUGCUUUCGAUGCACGUGGUCUGGAGUGUUGCGGGAAGAGGGAGGCCGCGCCCCCCCCUUUCCAAGUAAGGCAGCAUGUUCUGCUUCUUUGCACAGUAUAGCUCUGAUAUGGCCCAGCGAGUGGGAGAAGAUCCAAAAGCUGUUCGUGGUGGACUACGCCAUUCGAGUCAUCCGGAGGCAGCCUGCAGACGCCAGCCCCGAAGCACCGCUCUUCAUCACUGAACCUGGUGAGUAAGCAAGCAAGUUUCCUCCGUCUCCCCCACCUCAAAAAAUAAUAAUAAUAAAAAAUCACUGGCUUGUGCAAACUCCACACUAUGUUCUUCUCUUCCCACUCGGUUCUGGCAUUCGCUUUUUCUGCAGGUGGCUGCACGCUCAGGUAUUCCACUUUUAUUUUUAGAUGACCUGCAGACAUGCCCGACUGCCUGGGCUGUGUUCCAUGCUGAGGUUGUGCACAAGACUAUUAACUUGCAUUAUGUGACCGUUGGGCCAAAAAUUAUUUCAGGCAGCUGCUGUGCUUCAGAGAUGACGGCUUCUCCCACCCAACCCCUGUGCUUUGGAGAUGGAACAAAGACUUUUUCGUAGAGCCAGAGUAUAUAUAUUUUUGCGGCUGGUUCCUAUUUCACAUAUAAGCUGCAAGCAGGGGGGGUUUUUUGUAAAAUUUCUAGCGGCUUUAGAAUUUUAUUUUUUAUAGCGAUUUUUCAUUAAGCUUUUGGUGUGACUAACAAUACAAAAGACACCUUAAAAUGCAAAAAAGUAUAACUAAAAGCAAAUUCAGAAUCGAUGAAAUAUAGGAUGACAAGACGUCAUAAAGGGAUUUCUGUAUGUACCCAAAACCCACUUCAGAUUUGAACCAGGUAUAUUAUAAUAUGCUAGUUUCCUGUUAUUGCAGCUAUUUCAUUAUUAGUUGUUUUUCUACUUACUUUAUUACAGGAAUCAAAUGGUAAUUAAUAAUAUGAAUACGAACUUAUACAAUACAGAAUAUACUGUAUGCUAUAGGAUUUUGGUAUUGGUCUGUGUUGUAAGCCAUAUUGAGGUAGCAUUACUGUAUUAUCAAUUCACAAUGUAGUGGAAGGUUUGCAGGCUAUGAAGGACUUGCUCACAAAUUUAUUGACAGCUACACGAAUUACGGUAGCUAGGAAGUGGAAGGGGCAAGCAGAAUAUAAAAUGGAAGAAUGGUAUAAAGAGGUGUGGGAUGUAGCUAUUAAUGAUAAAUUAGCAUGUUCCAUUAAGGUCAGACGAGAAUACGCAGGAGAAAUUAUGGAAGGUGUUUGUAGAAUUUGUACUGUUAAAACGGGAAGGGGUCAAACUAUCACAAGAGGUGUUGAAAUUUUGGGAGGUUGGACAGUUACAAUGGAAUGGUCUUGGGGGUGGGGUGCACAUUUUUAUUCUUAUUUAUUAUGAUAAUUACUUCAUCAAAAGAAAAAAGAAAUAAAUACAGUCAUACCUCGGGAUGAAUAUGCUUCAGGAAAAGCAUUUUUGGGUUGUGCUCCGCGGCAACCCGGAAGUAAUGGAGCAUGUUACUUCCCGGUUUCACCGCUCGUGCAUGCGCAGACGCUCAAAAUGAUGUCAUGCGCGUGUUACGUUCGCUUCAGGAUGCGAACGGGGCUCCAGAACGGAUCCCGUUCGCAUCCAGAGGUACCACUGUAAAAAGAAUGACAGUGGUACCUUGGGUUAAGUACUUAAUUCGCUCCAGAGGUCCGUUCUUAAAGUGAGGUACCACUUUAGCUAAUGGGGCCUCCCGCUGCCGCCGCGUGAUUUCUGUUCUCAUCCUGAGGUAAAGUUCUUAACCCAAGGUACUAUUUCUGGGUUAGCGGAGUCUGUAACCUGAAGCAUCUCUAACCUGAAGUGUAUGUAACCCGAGGUACCACUGUACGUGAAGAAGAAGAAAUGAAGAUAACCUCUGAAAGAUCUGUACUUUUUGUGUGUGUGUAAGUACCGUAUUUUUCGCCCUAUAGGACGCACUUUUUCCCCUUCAAAAAUGAAGGGGAAAUGUGUGUGCGUCCUAUGGGGCGAAUACAGGCUUUCGCUGAAGCCUGGAAAGCAAGAGGGGUCUGUGCGCACCGACCCCUCUCGCUCUCCAGGCUUCACGAAGCCCUGCGCAACUCUCUGGAGCCCGGCGCGAAGCCGCACCGGGCUCCGGAGGGGUGCGCAGAGCUGCCUGCACGCCGAAGCCUGGGGUGCGCUGAAGAGCGCGCCCGGGCUUUGCGCAGCUCUCUGCAAGCCUGGGGAGACCGGCGCGGCUCCCUAGGCUUGCGGAUAGCAGGCUGUUCUGGGGGCUGCGGUCGGGGGAAGCUCGGGCUUCCCCUGCGCCAGCCCCGUGCCUGGGGGGGAAAUAAUUUUUUUUCUUUAUUCCCCCCCCCCCCAAAAAAAAACCCUGGGUGCGUCCCAUGGGGUGGUGCGUCCUAUGCGGCGAAAAAUACGGUAAAUAAAGGCUUGUGGUUCUUCUUGGUUUAGUGACAUUGCCCAAAGUGCUUGGUCUUUGUAGAAACAGACCCCGCUGGUAGUUCAUCAGCCUUUCUCCUUUCUUUGCUCCCCAACCUUCCAGAGCUGUGCUCAGAAUGCAGAGAAGGGCUCUUGUGCCAGCAGCAGAGGGACCUGAAAGAGUAUGCCCAGGCCACCAUCUACGUGCGGAAAGUGGUGGACAACAAAAAGGUAGAGAGGCUCUGUCCACCCCACCCCUGCGUUUUCUCCUGUGUGCUCUCUUUCUCUGCUUCAUGGUUCUGGCCUAAUCCCUCCUUCCUUCUCUGGCCUUCAUCGAAUCAUAGUUGGAAGGGACCACGAUAAUCCUCCAGUCCAACCCCCUGCAAUGCAGGAAUCUUUGCCCAAUGUGGGGCUUGAACCACUGAACCUGAGAUUAAGAGUCUCAUGCUCUUCCAACUGGGAUAUCCCAACCUUCAUUGAGUUCUCUGUUACAGCACAAUCCUGUCGGGGCCACUGGCAUAAGGACUUCAGGAACUUCUUAGGUGAAAUAUUGGGGAGGGAUUGUUGAGUUGCAAUGGAACCUCCAUGGCCAAUGGCAAUAUAUCUCUGAACAGCUGAGCAGGGGAGCAGGGGGAAGCAAACGAAAGGUGUUUGUCAAGCUUGUGUGCUUCCUUGGUUGGAGAUGGAGUCUCAAGCCAUAGGAACGUGGGAAGUUUUCUCUGGGGCCUUCUGCAUGCAAAGCAGCUAUUCCUCUCGUAAACAAAGCCAGAUUUCUAGUCCUCAUGGUUUUGAGUAAAGGGCUGGUUUGAACAGGAAAUUUCCUUAUACCUUACGCUGAGCCAGAUCUUUGGGUUCAUCUAGGUCAGCAUUGCCUACACUGACUGGCAGCAAUGACUCUCCAGGGUCUUUCCCAGCCUCGGUGGGAGAUGCUGUCAGGGAUUGAACCCGGGACACUGAGCCUCAGCCCUUCCCCAGCUUUAUAUGGUCCUGUGGGAACUUCGGGGAGCUGCUGAAAGAUGCCUGCCCGCCUCAGGAAUUCAUGAUGACUCUCCCUUCUUCUGACAUAUGUCCUGGUGUUUCCACCAAGGUGCUGGGAACCAGCUGAUCACAGCAGAAUAUUAAGUCCUAGUGUGGGAAGGUCACAAGAUCCUGUUGAGCAGGUUUCUGGAGAGGCUGCAUGCAGGGUCCUCUUCCUCUGCAGCUGCUGCCGUUGCAAAAGUCUAAGGGCGGAGGGGUUUGUUUGUGUAGGGGAACAGAGCAUGUUGAAGGGCAAACGGCAUCACCUUGGCCAGCAUAACAGAACGACUGCAAUCGGGCUGUUUCUUGCCAAGGGUCGCCCUUGGCAGGGAAGAUCUGAUAGGACAUGCUGUCGAACUGCUAGGUUGGCAGGAGCAGGGACCGAGCAACGGGAGCUCACCCCGUCAUGGGGAUUCGAACCGCUGACCUUCUGAUCGGCAAGCCCCAGGCUCUGUGGUUUAGACCACAGCACGACCCGCGUCCCUUAGUCAAAUCCUCUCUAUUUCACACACACACACACAGAGAGAGAGAGAGAGAGAGAGAGAGAGACUGACUCAAACAUAUACACAGAUACACACACAGAUUUCUCCUUGCCCAAUCUCGAGGGCAAUCUCGAGAGACCAGCAUCUACCAGCAGCCUUAUGACGCAACUCUCAUGUUUUUGAGCCUUCUGUGUCUGCGGUGAACUCCCGACAACCUCUGACUUCAGGUGCCUUUUCCUUUUUUCUAAAGGCGACUCACAGGUGUGCUGUUUUCCUUUCCUUUGUUUUCCCCCUGCGUCUGAUGUCAUGUCCAGGUCAUGAAGGACGCCGCCCCAGAGCUGAACAUGAGCAGCUCUGAGGCAGAGGAGGAGCGAGAGGAGGCCCGCCUGGAAGGGGAGCAGGAUCCAGAUUUUAACCAGGUAUGUCCUUGGUCACCAUUUUUUUGUUUUAAGAUCAUUUGUUUCUCCUCCUCCUCCUCCUGGGCCUCUGUGGAUUGUGAACUUGCUCCUCAUCUCUGCACCCUGGAACCGCUGAAAGCACGAUUUGAGGCCAGACUUAAAAGCAUGUGCUUAAACUGCGGAACUAUCUCCCACAGGAGGCAGGGAUGACCACCAUCUUGGGUGGCUUUAAAAGAGGAUUGGCUCUGCCCUGCCUCCGCAGUCAGAAGCAGCAGUGCUUCUGAAGACCAGAUGCUGGAAACCUGGGGAGGGGAGAGGGAUCUUGUGCUUGGGUCCUGCUUCCCGGCUUCCCAUAAUGGGCACCUGGUUGGCCACACUGAGAACAGGAGGCUGGACUAGCUGGGUCCGCUUUGGCCCGAUCCAGCUGCAGGGCUCUUCAGUUCUUAAAAAUGUGUGGCCAAUUCCAGCUGGCUGAAGGUUCAUGGGACUUGGAAGUCGGACAGAAUCUCAAGGGCUACACGCAGGUUCCCCAGGUCUGGUAUUGCAGUUCAUUAGAGCCUCUUAGAUAAGAACAUGGGGGUGGGAGUAGGGAUUUUGUUUGCUAAGUCAAGAAACAAACCUGCUGCUCUGGCAGUCGAGUCCAAUGAGCUGCCUUCCUGCUUCCAGGCCAACAGCAACACGAAACGACAGAAAAUGUCGCACCCAAGCUACAUAGUUUACCAAAAGCAGGGGAUCCGCCGGAGCACGCGGCACAGGAAGGUGCGCGGGGAGAAAGCCCUCCUGGUCUCGGCGAACCAGACGUUGAAAGACCUGAAAAUUCAGGUGAGGCGGACUUUGCCCUGAGCCCUGGAGGUGGCUUGCCUGAGUCCUGGCGGUCGGCGUGGGCGGGCCUCCUUCCUCCCCCAAAGCUAUAGUUGGGAAUCCGUAGAAUCAUAGAAUUGUAGAGUUGGGAGUGACUUCCAAGGGAUUGCAGCUAAAGCAUCCCUGACAGAUGGCCAUCCAGGGGUAAAACAGAAAGGGUGAUGCUCACCUUGAUGAUUCUGAUCACUCUUUUAAGACCUGUGAUCUUAUUUUAAGAUAUUGUAUCCUUCUGUCCCCCCCCCCCAACCACCUAAAGGAGAAUGUGGGGAGCAGAGGCGUGCCCCUUUGGCUGUGGGUUGGGGCUGAAAGGGACAAAGCGGAGGUGAGAGAUCGGGGCAAGAGAGGGAGAGAAACGGAGGAAGCAGCAUGCCUCAACUUUUUGCCGUGAGGUGUCGUAUUUCUUAAAAGCCAUCUGUGUUUGUUUUGCUGCCCACAAUGGUUGCGCUUCCUGCCCCUCAUUUUGUCACACAGAUUAUGCACGCCUUCUCCGUUGCUCCUUUCGACCAGAACCUGUCGAUCGAUGGGGCAAUACUCACCGACGACUCGGCGACGCUUGGCAGCCUCGGGGUCACUCCGGAGUCCGUUGUUUUAUUAAAGGUAAGCUGGGAGAGUUGCUUGCCGGUAGGUGUGGCUCUCCUUCCACCAAGAUAUUUGUAGCAAGGCCAGUGGUUGUGUGCCGCAAUGCAAUCUGGCUCUCUCUGUGCCAAAAACUUCCAGCCUACCUACUUUUCACUAGGAAGUUCAGGGGCAGGGACCAUAUCAAUGGCUACUAUCCACAAUAGCAAUGCUCUGUCUCAACUGCUGGAGGCAACAGUGCUUCAGAAUAUUAGUUAAUUGGAAUCACAGGAGGAGAGCGUUUCUGUUGCACUCGGGUUCUGCUUGUAUGUUUCCCAUUGAGGCAUCUGGUCAGCCAUUGUGAGAGCAGGAGACAGGACAAAAUGGGCUAUUGGCUUGAUCCAGCUGGGCUGUUUGUAUGCUUUCAUGUUGGCUGAGCAGGGGCUGAUGGGAUUUGUAGACCAACAACACUUCGGGGGUCACCAGUUACCCCUUCCUGCAUUCAUCCAUCCAUCCAUCCAUCCAUCCCUGACUGGUCAUAGUGCCCACCUGAGGCCUUAUUUUGGCCUGGGUUCAGAUCCCCCCUUCCCCUGCAAAAAGGAAGCUAAGAACACACUACCUUAACUUGUCAUCUCCCCCGCCCGCCCCGGUCUGUAACUCAUUUGGAUCUUUGGGCUGCCUUGAUCUCCUUCAACUUCAAGGCAAAAAACAAUGGUUGAAGAAGAGCCACUGGAAGUAAGUGCUGGUUUUGACUUCUAGGAGGAAAAGGUGGCUGGCUAGGGGUCAACUGCUGCAACUCCUGUUGACAGAGAUAAUUAAGUGGACCAGCCCCUUCCCUGGCUGAAGCUUUUGCAGACACCUUUAUAAAAAGUCAGUAGGGAUAAGCCACCCUAAAGCCCUCGUUGCCACAGCUGUGAACAGUUCAGGCCAGGUUCCCAAAAGGGGACGAACCGCCUUGUUUCUUUGUUUUUAUUCUGGAUCUGGAGUGUUUGGCCUGGAAAUGUCGUCUGGUGACAUGGAGCAGGAGGCCUUGUCUCUCUUUCGAAAGCACAUCAGCCGAAUUGGCUUAACAGGGCUCCUCUUCUCAUGUCUCCCUUUUUCCCUUCUUCCGACAGGCAGAUGAACCAAUUGUGGACUAUGCAGCAAUAGAUGAUGUUAUGCAAGGUAAGGAGAAGUUUGCACACACACGCUCCUCUGGAAUAAGCCCUGCUUCUUCCCGUCCAGUCAUUUUUACCUAUUGGAGUGGGGAGGCAGGAGGUGGUAACUGGAGCAAAGGGUCCAGUCUGAGACUGACUCACAUGGUUGUCAAGGGGUGGGAACAAGACCUUGGUCGUCCCCCCCCCCCAAGUGUCAGGGAAAGCUGCCAAGAAGACGUUAUUGAAGCUUGUGGGGAGCUGUAGCUCGGUAGAGCAUCUGCUUGGCAUGUCGAAGUACCCAGCAUUCAGUCGGCAUCUCCAGUUGGGACUGGGAGCGUCUCUCUGCCUGAAAACCUGGAGAGCCACUGUAGGCAAUAUUGAACUAGAAGGGCCAGGGCAGCUUCCUCUGACCCUAACCUCCACACCUCAGAAUGUACCUUGACCUCUUUGCUUUCCUUUGCAGUCUGCAUGCCCGAAGAGGGAUUUAAAGGUAGGCUUUGUUUUCUCUUCCCUCCAGCCUUAUUUUAACUUGCCACCGUGUUUUGCUCUCUUCUAAGCUUUCUGCCCCCCGCCUUUCCAAAUUCCCCCCUCCCCCUUCCAUUUACUCUCCAGGUACCGGUCUCCUUGGACACUAAUGUUUUUCGACAACCGCGCCAGCAGCAGAAGUAACUGGGGUGUAGGGAGAUGAGUUUGGGCUCUGGCUGGGCAUUCCAAGAAAGGUGGACUUCAAAAAGACCAGCCAGCCGCCCAGUCCCCUUCCUGGAGGUGGGACUCCAUUCUGAAGGGCCUUGGCCCCCUCACACACUUGUGCUGCAGAGGAGAGAGAGAGAGAGAGAGAGAAAGAGCUGUUCUUCAGAAGAGAGCUUCUGGCCUAGUACAACAGAGGUGGAGUGUUGAGCGGUUUCAAGGUUGCACCUCUCCGUUUCCCCCUGCAGAGGAAGAAGGGUCGGCUUCUCGCAGCAUCAGGUCUCCCCCACCUCCCCUCCUGCGACCUUCAUUUCUGGAUCUGCUCGUUCAGCGAGGCAGGUGUUCGGCUUCCUGGCAGAGGUCUUUUGAGAACUUGCAGGAUUUUCUGUUUCCAGUAGCCCUUGGCUUCCUCUGGCACUUCGUAGAUAUGCCCCCCAGGAUUGAACAGCCUGCAAAAUCCCUUUCUAAAAGCCUGAGGUUUGGGGUGGGUAUGGGGAGAGAGGCACUUAUUCAGCCUGUUAUCAAAAAACAAUGCCCUCCUGUUUUGUUUUGUUUUGCUUUUGUUUAAGACUUCACUUCCAACAUAUUAAGAUGGGCCCCUGAUAAUUAAUCAUAGUGAAUUAUUCUCGGGAAUAACUUGAUUUAUUUUGGACCACUUUCUCUGGUGGAGGGAAGCCUUAGUUUUCAGCCCUGCCAGAUUGACCCAGUCGCCCAGGAGCUCAAGUGAGACUUUGGUGCGGGUGGAGGCAGAGUCUCCCCGCCCCCCCCUUGCCUGCCUUUUUCUUUGGGGUGGGGAGGAAUGCACAAACGCUUCCUUAGACCUUCUGACACAUAUCCAAAAGAGCUUUGAAAAAUGAUGAUGGUCCCUCACAACCGUCGGGGGGAGCUUUAGCCUUUCAAAAGGGUGUGACAAGUUCAUUUUCCCUUUUGUAACAGAGAGCUGUAAAAUUGGUGGUCCUACUAUACUAUCUCAAUUUGCUGUUCCGGGGAAGGCAGGAGAGGGAGCCUGCGAAAUUGGCGAGGUUUUCCAGCUGGGGCUAUGGGAGUAGGGGGCGUUGAGGUUCGUUCUGGGUCCCUGGGUCUUUCUUUUUAAAGAGGCGAAACGUGGCGCUGAACAAUCUUAUUCUUUCCCAAGGUAAAGAGUUAACAGUAAUAAUUCAGUCUGCCGUUGUGAGUGCUUUAUAGAGCAGCCUGCCUUUCUCUCCAUCUCCAUCUCCUCCUCCUUCCUUUCAGAAGCCAGGCCCAGAAGUGGUCUUAAUUGUUCUAGAUGGAAAGCAGUGAUGCAUGGACAUCUAGCCCCUGGGAGUUCUGAUAUUUUUAUUUUCCAUUUACUUCCCCCACCACCUACCCACCCCCCCCUUUCCGGGUUUCGUAAUAUUUCCUUGAUGGGGGGCGGGGCAGAGUGUGUCUUAAUUCACAAGGAAGACCGAUCGACCAUGCUGUGCUUGUAUAUAUGUGUGCAUACUGAGUGAGAGAGAGAGAGAGAGAGAGAUGGAGACUGACACACGAGUGAUGCCUAAAUUGUACCAAACCACCAUUUCUGCCGGUCGCAGCUGAGCAGGGGAAAUGGGCUCAAGCCUCAUUCCUCAUGCUUGGGACCCUCUUCUUCAUCCACACUUGCAAAAUGUUUUUGGACUAGUUUUCAGAGCCUUAUUAAAAGUGUGUCCACAUGGUCAGUCUUACCUUAUUUGUACUGUAUUGCAUAUAAAACGUGUGUGUUUUUUUCACUUGCCUGCUCAGGUAUUUUCUUUUCC